AUGGGCUCAGAUACUCUGGCAGAUCACCCCGCCAAGAAAUUUUCUGCUUAUGUAUUGAAUAUGACUUUAUUCCUCUCUAAGCCAUUGCCUAAGAUGGAGCUCGGGAGUGUGGUACUAUAUGUUUGGAAGAAGCAGAAGACAACGGAACAUGUGGACGGAGUGAAUCCGGAGAGCACUAAGGUUAAACUAUAA